AUUCCAUUACCCCUCGGGCCAAGAAAACUUUUCCAUCUUUUCAAUCGUAUAAAAGGGUUCUGUGAUUCCCCCUCCACAACCCUGGUCAAAAUGUAUUCCUCUCCAUUAAACGAACGAACUCCAUUGAUUAUGACUAAUUCUAAUCAGAAGGAAAGAAACCAAAAAUUGGUGACCACUAAUGUCUUGCGGGUAUUGGCCUUGGCCCUAGCUGCAAUGGUUUCUAUGUCCAUGUUCGUUAAGCUUGCUGGACCUACUUCAAGUGUACCACAACCUAUCAGAAGUGGCAGGUCCAUUCUUACCGAUGAAAAUAUUCUGACCUUGAAAUUAAUCCGUAGAGAUGUUCUUGGUGAACCCUUGGGUAUCCCAACUCUUGAUCCAAAUACAACCCAUUUGCACACUGGUAUCCAUGCCAUGGUGGCCUGUGAUGUCCCAAUCUGUUCAAAGUACGGUAGAGACAUCCUUCAAGCUGGUGGUAAUGCUGCCGAUGCAGCUGUGACUGUGGCUCUUUGUAUCGGUAGUGUUAACUCACAUUCCCUGGGAAUUGGUGGCGGUGGAUUCAUCACUUCGUCCUUCCAAGGUGAUGCCAUCUCGAUCGAUGCUCGUGAAAUGGCCCCUGCCGCUGCUCACAAGGAUAUGUACAAAGGUCACGAAGAACUUUCUAAGUUUGGUGGACUUGCUGUCGGAGUUCCUGGUGAACUUAAGGGAUUGUAUGAACUUUUCAAACGUCAUGGUUCAGGAAAUGUAACUUGGGAAGACCUUUUCGUACCUGUAGUACAACUCAACCGUGUUGGGUUUACUGUUGACGAGGUUCUUGCCAAUGCCCUCCAUAGUACCCAAGAGUUGGUUCCAAAGUUGGCACCAACUGGUUUGCUUGAUUCUUGGGAUUUUAUCUUCAAAAAGAAUUCAACCACCAAGUUUGUCACAAAAGGUGAUUUUAUUAGAAGACCAAACCUCGCCAACACCUUAGAAAUGAUUGGUAAAAGUGGCUCCAGUGACAUCUUUUAUGAUCCAAAUGGUCCUAUUGUUGAAUCUCUUGUCGAAGAAAUUGCUCGUUGUGGUGGUACUAUGGACGCUCAGGAUUUUGCCAACUAUGAAGUUAACGUUGAACAAGCUCUUAACUUUACAUUUAACACCUCUAGUGAUACUUCAUACACCGCAUUCACCGCUAAUGGAGCCUCUUCCGGACUCGCUCUUAUUACUGGACUUAACUUCUUCUCCACCAUUCAAGACUUAUCUUCUGCUUUAACGAAGUCGAACGACAUCUUGAGAGUCCAUCGUAUCGUUGAAAGUAUGAAGUGGAUGGCUCUGGCUCGUUCUGCAUUGGGUGACUUUACAGUCCACGAGGCAAAUGCCACUUAUCGUUCGGAUCUUAUCAAAAAAUAUUCAUCUGCUGAAUGGGCCGAUAGAACCGUACAAACUAAAUACUCGAACAACCAAACAUUCGAUUGGGAACAUUAUGAACCAAAGUACGAAUUAACUGAACCACAUGGUACCUCUCAUUUUUCCAUUGUGGACGCUAAUGGUAACGCGGUUGCUAUGACAACUACCGUCAACCUUCUUUUCGGGUCCCUAGUUUACGAUAACUCUACUGGAAUCAUUCUUAAUAAUGAAAUGGACGAUUUUUCUGUUCCAAACCUGCCUAAUGCCUUCCAUUUGACUCCUUCCAUCUAUAACUUCAUCGAGCCUGGUAAGCGUCCUCUUUCUUCAACAGCCCCAACCAUUGUUGUUAGGGGUGAUGGUACCAUUUCGCUUCUUCCUGAAUUGGUUAUUGGUGCUGCUGGAGGUUCCCGUAUCACUACUGCAAUCUUCCAAGCUAUUAUUCGAGUCUUUUUCGAUGAACUCCCACUUCUUGAAACUAUUUCAUACCCUCGUUUACAUCACCAACUUAUUCCAGAGUAUAUCAUGUGUGAAGAUUUCGAUGUUUUCGAAGAACAAUACAAAGAGGAGACUCCCAACAUCAUUGAAUACAUGACCAAGAACUUGAACCAUACAUUCUACGAAUCUGGAACCUUGACGGUUAUGAACGGUAUUAGACGCAAAGAAAUAGAUGAGGGGUAUGUCUGGGAAGGUGUGUCCGACUAUUGGAGAAAAAGAGGAGAAGCAGCUGGAUACUAA